AUGUAUAAAAAAGUUUUUUUUCUACUGUGUAUUGUAAUUUUAAAUGUGAUUUGUGCACAAUCAAAAAAUGUUGUUUCUUCUUUUUUUUCUUUCAUGAAAUCCAAAAUAAAUUCUAAAAAGGAGAUAUCAAAAGUAAUACAAAUGGGUAAUACUUUAGCAUGCCUAACUAAUAAUGAAAAUUCCUUUUACAAUGAAUGUUCUUGUUCUUUUAAAAAACUAAAGGAUUUUGAAAAAAAAUGCUCAUCAAAUUUUAAAAAAAAUCAGGAAGAAGCAAAAAACUGCUCAGAAGAACACUGUGAAAUAUGUUGUAUUUUAAUUAACAUAAAUAAUAUAACAAAUUCCAUUUUAGAAUCAGAAUUAUCUUGUAAAAAAAAAUGUACAAAAUCUAAUUUAGUUUUAAAUUUGAAUGAAGAUGACUAUAAAUUAGCUUUCAAGAAAUUAAUUGAGUUUAUUAGAAUUUUUUUUCCUUCAAAUAUUUUAAAUUAUUAUUCUAAUGAAAAAAAAAAUUUCCCCCAAUACACUAAUAGACUAUUAGACACAAAAUAUCAAAAAAUAAAGGAAGAUCUUAAUUCAGAAACAAACAAAGAUACAAUAGAAAGAAUAAGCUUGCCACCAAAUAAUGAAUCGGAAGAAUAUUUUUCUCCAUAUAAUGAAAACUAA